ACCAAUACGGAUGAAUACGGACGGAAAUACGGAACAAUACGGAUUACCACGUUUACCACGAUACCAUACAUCAUCAUACAUACAAAUACGUACGCGAUUGUCCGAUUGUCGGCGAGCGUAUAAAUUUAUUUAGCAUUUUAUAGCUUCCUGGCCAGUGUCGACAAAAGAUGCCGGAGAACGUGCUAAAUGGUGAUCGUAUCGAGGUGAAUGGUGAGCCUCAAGAUAAUGAUGAAGAGAAUAUUGAAAACGACGUUCAUUUUGAACCUAUAAUUUCAUUACCCUUGAUAGAAGUAUCCAAUAAUGAAGAGGACGAGAUAGAAAUGUUGAAGCUACGGGCUAAGUUAUAUCGUUAUGAUACGUCGAGCAAUCCUGCGGAAUGGAAGGAACGUGGCACAGGAGAGGUCAAACUAUUAAGACACAAAACGAAAAAUACAGUUAGAGUAGUGAUGCGCAGAGACAAAACUCUCAAGAUCUGUGCGAAUCAUUUCAUCACUCCAUGGAUGGAAUUGAAACCAAAUUGCGGCAGUGAUAGAGCAUGGGUUUGGAGCGUACUUGCUGAUUACGCUGAUGAGCAACUCAAGCCAGAAUUACUUGCGAUACGUUUUGCAAAUGCCGAAAAUGCGUCAAUGUGGAAGGAAACAUUUGAAAAAGCUAAGAAGAUUGUAGGAUCCGAAUGUGAGAUUUAUGCUGGCAAAAGCAAUUCGGAACAAAAGCGUAUUGAAAGUGACAGCGAAUCCAGCAGUGAUGUAAGUUAUAGCGAGAGUACUGAUAACGAAGAUCAAAUGAAAUCGUUGAAGCGGACUGAAGACUGUGAAGCGAUUUCUCAGCAAAAGGAUAUCGAGAAUGAAACGCUGGAAGAGAAACAAGUAAUAACGAAUGAAGAAAAAAUAAUCAACGAGAUCGCAAAGUUAAAAGUAAAAAAUGAAGGUGAGAAACAAUAAUUGUAUUCGGUGACACGAAAAAAAAAAUAUAUAUAUAUAUGUAUAUAUAUAUAUAUAUAUAUAUAUAUAAAUAGUUUAUCAAAAGACACAUUCUGACAUUAUGACAGACGUUACGACAGACGUAUUAUAUGCCAUUGUUUGAAGACAGGUGCAUUUUUAGCAAUAAUUAUAAAAAAGCUUAUUAAAUUUUACAGCGAUAAAACUGUAUUUGUAUAGACAUAUAUCUGUGAUUUUUUUAACUUUGCGCAUAUACGCGCGCGCGCGCACGCGCACGCGCACACAUUUUAUGUUAAAUUCAUGUAAAAUUGCAUUUGUACUGGAAAAAAUGUGUAUGAGGGAAUGUAUGUUGACUCUUUGGUGACAAACGAAUAAAUACAACGACAAUUUUACAAACAGACAGCCUUUUGCUUUUUAUUUGUUCAUUAUUUUACAAAGAUAAUUUAUGCAUUAUAUCACAUGUUUCUUUAUAGUUAAUGAUUGCGCAGUAUGUUUCCCUUAAGAAGAGUGAAGUAUGUUGAAAGAGUAUACAUAUACGAUAAUCGAUAUAAAAUUGA